GCUGUCCUGGUCCCGCGGGCCGCUCGGUCCCAGACCCGGCCGGGCCGCGAGGCGGGCAUCGCCGGGGGAGCAAUCGGCGACCGGGGGGCUGGCAGCGCGGGCAGCGGGCGCCGGGACACCUGCGGACACAGGCGCUGCCGCCCCACACAGCGGGUCCUCUAUCCAGGUUUAGGGGGAGGGGAUGGAGACCCGCGCGCGCGGCUCCCAGCCCCACAGAGGAGCUCCCAUUGGCUGGGGAAGACCAGAUAGAGCCUGCUCCCACUCGGCUCGUGUGUAAGGCCAGCGGCCGAUAGCUGUCUGUGGCCUGGAGGGUCCAGCCUCAGCGGGUCCCUUUCUCCUGAACAUUGGAGUUAUGACCCUUGGGAGGUGACCCAGGAGAGAAGGGAUGCACGCCUUUGGUCCUCCCAAUGAGGGUAGCCUCCAAGGACUGGUGGCCUCCCGCAUUGAGACCUAUGGGGGCCGGCUUCGGGCCUCCACCCUGAGUACUUCUGGCAGUCUCUAUCCCCGAGGAGGCCCCGUGCUGGAUCCCAGUCGCCGACGCCUCCAAGGCUAUGUCCCCUUUACCAAGGGUUCUGGCCCGGCCCGAGGCCUGUCUCCCCUGAGGCUGCGAGAACCAGAUCCCGAGAAGAGGCAUGGAGGCCCCUUUGGGGCUGGGACACCUCACUUCCCCAAACUCAAGGAAGUCACCAGAGCCCACGAGCUGGAGGUGAGGCUGCACACGUUCAGCAUGUUCGGGAUGCCCCGCCUGCCCCCAGAGGACCGGCGGCACUGGGAGAUCGGAGAGGACGGUGACAGCAGUCUGGCCAUUGAGAAGUCCUGGAAGGAGCUGGUGCCUGGGCACAAGGAGAUGAGCCGGGAGCUCUGCCACCAGCAGGAAGCGCUGUGGGAGCUACUGACCACGGAGCUCAUCUACGUGCGGAAGCUCAAGAUCAUGACAGAUCUCCUAGCCGCCGGUUUGCUGAACUUGCAACGAGUGGGUCUGCUGACGGAAGUGUCAGCUGAGACCCUGUUUGGAAAUGUCCCCAGCCUGAUCCGAGCCCACCGGAGCUUUUGGGAAGAGGUGCUGGGGCCCACCCUGGAGGAGACGCGAGCCUCGGGCCAGCCUCUGGACCCUGUCAGCCUGCAAAACGGCUUCCUGUCGUUCAGCCAGCGCUUCCAGCCCUACAUCCUGUACUGCCUGCGAGUGAAGCAGACCAUGGCCUACGCCUGGGAGCAGCAGGACAGCAGCCCUCUCUUCCACACCUUCGUGCAGUGGUGUGAGAAGCACAAGCGCUCGGGGAGGCAGACGCUGGGGGACCUCCUCAUCAAGCCCCACCAGCGCAUCACCAAGUACCCACUGCUGCUCCAGGCUGUGCUCAAGAGGAGCCCCGAGGCCCGCGCCCGGGAGGCCCUGACCGCCAUGGUAGGGCCACCAGGGCUGUACCCUCGGGAGUCGGGGGCUGAUCGCAGCGGUGGAGUCGUUCCUCCGACACAUCAACAAGCGGGUGCGCCAGGGCGAAGAGCAGGAGAGCUUGGUGGCUGCCGCCCGGCGCAUCGGGCCCUACGAGGUCCUGGAGCCGCCCAGCGAGGAGGUGGAGAAGGCGGGACAGCCAGUGCCCUGCUCCUGUGCUCUGUGCGCCCUCAGAACCUGCGUCCGUUCUCCACGCUGGACCUGAUGGCCCCCGUGCUGGGGCUUGCUUCCGAGCACACCAGGCAGCUGCUGCUUGAGGGGCCUGUGCGCGUGAAGGAGGGACGAGAAGGGAAGCUGGAUGUGUACCUGUUCCUCUUCUCUGAUGUGCUCUUGGUGACCAAGACCCUUCGCAGGGCAGACAAAGCCAAGGUUAUCCGCCCGCCCCUCAUGCUGGAGAAGCUUGUGUGCCGACCGCUCCGAGAUCCAAGCAGCUUCCUGCUUAUCCACCUCACCGAAUUCCAGUGCGUCUCCAGCGCCCUCACUGUGCACUGUCCCAGAGCUACAGACUGUGCCCUAUGGCUGGAGAAGACCCAGCAGGCCCAGGUCGCCCUGCAAAAGCUGAAGGCAGAGGAGUGCAUCCAACAGAAGAGGGAGCUCCUGGCCCUCUAUCAGGACCGGGACGGGGAGUCCCCAGGCCCCAGGCCCUCCACGCCUUCCGCGGAAGGCUCUGAGAGCAGCACAGAGGGAAGUAACUGUAGGACUCCUGAGUCCUCGACCGUCAUCCCCCAGCUGGUGGUGACAGAAGACACAGAUGAAGAUGCUCCCUCGGUACCAGAUGAUACCUCGGACUCUGGCUAUGGCACUCUGGUCCCAGGCUCCCCCAAGGCGUCCCACUUCCCGCCAAACCGUCUACGCUCCAGGGCCUUUCGGCGGGACCCUCGCCUCACCUUCUCCACCCUGGACCUCCAAGAUGUUCCUUUGCAUCCUCUGCCUCCUGACCCCCAAGCUCCCCAACGCCGAAGCACCCCUGAACUGCCAGAGGAAAGUGUCCAGAAAGGAGGCAGCCUUCCCAGGGGAGACCCACCGACCUCGUCUGAGGAAGAAGACAGGACCUCGGUUGGAGAGAAUGUGGUAGUGGAAAACUUACAUAGGGCCCGACUUCGGGGGCAGCUCUCCCCCUCCCCGACCCACGCUGACUCUGCUGGGGAAAGCCCCUGGGACUCCUCAGGGGACGAGGAAGAAGAGGGGCCCUUCCUGGGACCCGGCUACAGCCCCUCCCCUCACCCGCUCCGGGCCGAGGACAUGCUCCGAGAGAUCCGGGAGGAACUGGCCAGCCAAAGGAUUGAGAGCGUCCCCGAGCCUGGGGACAGCAGACCUCGGAAGCUGACUCGGGUCCAACUGCAGAGGAUGCGGGGGCUUCACGUCGUACACCUGGACACGCCCCUGUCCACAUCAGAGGUGUGAGGGAAUACCUCCCUAAGAGUGCUGGUCACCACCUCCACCCCUGGAUUCUACCUCAAGGACACUUCCCCAGGCACCCUGCCCUUCCUUCUCUGUGGACUUUGGGGAUUAAGAGCUGUACAUUGAUGUGUCACAGACACACCAGAGUCCCACAUAAAGUUGUGCAUAAAUUA